AUGCUGGAUUGGAUGAUAAGCGUUGGGGGUCAAAAAAUUCAGUCGGAGAAACAGAUUCGGUUGAAAGGACAAUGUUCAAUUGGGCCGCUAAUAAAGCGUUACACGGUCAAAGCUCUGUGUUCUGGGUUCAGUGCUGGUAUUCUAAAGCUGGAUAGAAUUGAACCGGCUGGUGAUGAAGCUUCUUCUAAUCAGCCUCUUGUUCAACCAUCAUUAGAGAAAUUCCCACAAGGGCUCCAUCAAACCGAAAUGGAAGAAAGCUUGUUAACGACUUUGGUAAGCAAUGGUUGUGUUGAUCUUCGAGGCAGAAUUGCGGACAAGCAAACUACUGGAGGAUGGAAAGCUACUCCUUUUAUUAUAGUGAAUGAAGUUGCUGAGAGGUUAGCAUUUUUUGCUACAUCUGUGAACAUGGUGGCUUACUUGGUCACUGAAAUGCAUCAGUCAAUUCCCAAAGCUGCAACUCAUGUGACUGACUGGAUUGGAGCUGCCUAUGUACUUACACUCCUAGGAGCGUUUUGUGCUGAUGCAUACCUGGGCCGAUUCAAGACCAUCAUUAUUUUCUCUUGCAUCUAUACAGUGGGAAUGACAUUAAUGACAGUGUCAGCUUCUAUAGACAGCUUACGUCCACCACAGUGCAAGGUAAGGCCAUGCCCAGAAGCAACCGAUGGCCAGACAGGGUUCCUCUAUGUUGCACUGGCACUAAUAGCUCUUGGUACCGGCGGUAUCAAGCCUUGUGUCUCAUCUUUUGGGGCUGACCAAUUCGAUGAGGCAGACGAGAAAGAAGUGCCAAAGAAAUAUGCGUUCUUCGAUUGGUUCUUCUUUGCAAUAAAUAUGGGUGCUAUCUUGGGUUUAACAGUAUUCGUAUAUAUCCAACAACAAAAGGGAUGGAUUUGGGGUUUUGGGCUACCUACAGCGGCCAUGGCUUUCUCCAUCAUCAUUUUAGUAGCUGGCAUUCGUUAUUAUCGUUUCCAAAAGCCCAUGGGGAGCCCUUUCACCAGGUUCGCGCAGGUCAUGGUGGCUUCUGUAAGGAAUCAUUUGAAUGGAGUUCAGGUGCGACAUCAAACCGAGCUUUACGAGGUUAAUACUAAGGAAUCUGACAUCAAGGGCGCCCAAAAGCUGUCUCACACAAUACAAUAUGGUUUCUUGGACAAGGCAGCAGUUGUAACAGACCCUGAUGCCGACACCAGUGACCGUUGGAGAGUUUGCACAGUAACACAAGUAGAAGAAUUCAAGUCUUUUAUUAGAAUCCUCCCAGUAUGGGCAUCCACAAUUGCCUUCUCCGUCAUCUAUGCUCAGCUCUCAACCUUCUUCAUCAGCCAAGCCACCAUCAUGGACCGAAAACUCGGCUCCAACUUCACAAUUCCGGCAGGUUCAGUCCCCAUCUUCUGUACCCUCAAUGCCCUCAUCCUCGUCCCCAUCUACGAAAAAGUAAUAGUCCCUGUCCUCCGUAAACACACCGGCCUCACCCGCGGCAUCACAUCACUGCAACGUAUAGGAGUUGGUUUAUUUCUUUCAAUAUUUUCACUAGUAUCAGCUGCGUUGGUCGAAAAAAAGAGACGUGACAGCCCUAACCCUUCAGCGAUGAGUUUGUUUUGGUUGUUUCCACAAAUAUUCUUAUUAGGCAGUGCAGAAGUCUUCAUCUACGUAGGACAGCUAGAAUUUUUCUAUGAUGAAGCAACUGAUGGAGCACGAAGUAUUAGCAGUGCAGUGUUUCUUAGUGAGGUUGGGAUUGGAAGUUGGUUAAGUACUGCAUUAGUUACGAUCAUUGAAAAAGCAACUGGUGGAGAAAAAAAUGGGUGGUUAAGGAAUGAUCUUAAUAAAAGCAGGCUUGAUUAUUUCUACUGGGUGUUAUCUGUGAUUAAUUCGGUCAAUUUCCUAGUUUAUUUGUGGGUUGCUUGUAUUUAUAAGGGUAGGGGUGUCGGAGUUGGGAGUGUGAGAGAUGAGAGUGUGGUUGGUGAUUGUGAUGGGGACAGUGAUGGUGGAAGAAGAGCGGAUAAAGAUCAAUUUCAAAGGAGAAUUGAACCGGUUGGUGAUGAGCUUUUUGAUCAGUCUUUUAUGCAACCAUCAUUAGAGAAGUUCCCACAAGAGGAGCUCCAUCAAACGACUAUGGAAGAAAGCUUGUCAACAACUUUGGUAAGCAAUGAUCUUGUUGAUAUUCGAGGUAGAAUUGCAGACAAGCGAACCACUGGAGGAUGGAAAGCUGCUCCUUUUAUUAUAGUGAAUGAAGUUGCUGAGAGGUUAGCAUUUUUUGCUGUAGCUGUGAACAUGGUAGCUUACUUGGUCUUUCAAAUGCAUCAAUCACUUCCAGAUGCCGCAACUCAUGUGACUGACUGGAUUGGAGCUGCCUAUGUCCUUACACUUCUUGGAGCGUUUUGUGCUGACGCAUACCUGGGCCGAUUCAAGACCAUCAUUAUUUUCUCUUGCAUCUAUGCAGUGGGAAUGGUAUUGUUGACCCUCUCAGCUUCUAUAGACAGCUUACGUCCACCAGAAUGCAAGGCAAGGCCAUGCCCACAAGCAACCGAUGGCCAGACAGGGUUCCUCUAUGGUGCACUGGCCCUUAUAGCCCUUGGUACCGGCGGUAUCAAGCCAUGUGUCUCGUCUUUUGGGGCUGACCAAUUCGAUGAGGCAGACGAGAAAGAAGUACCAAAGAAAUAUGCAUUCUUCAAUUGGUUCUUCUUCGCCAUAAAUAUAGGUGCUCUCUUGGGUAUAACAGUAUUGGUAUAUAUACAAGAGAAAAAGGGAUGGGCUUGGGGUUUUGGGCUACCUACAGGGGCCAUGGUUAUUUCCCUCAUCGUAUUAGUAGCUGGCAUUCGUUUUUAUCGUUUCCAAAAGCCCAUGGGGAGCCCUUUCACCAGGUUCGUUCAGGUCAUGGUGGCUUCUGUGAGGAAUCAUUUGAAUGGAGUUCAGGUUCCACGUCAAACUGAGCUUUACGAGGUUAAUACCAAGGAAUCUGCCAUCAAGGGCGCCCAAAAGCUGUCUCACACCUUACAGUAUAGUUUCUUGGACAAGGCAGCGGUGGUGACAGACCGUGAGGUCGACACAAGGAACCGUUGGAGACUUUGCACAGUGACACAAGUUGAAGAAUGUAAGUCCUUUAUUAGAAUCCUCCCAGUAUGGGCAUCCACAAUCGCACUCGCCAUCUCCUUUGCUCAGCUCUCAACCUUCUUCAUCAGCCAAGCCAACAUCAUGGACCGAAAACUCGGCUCCGACUUCGAAAUUCCAGCAGGUUCCAUCCCAGUCUUCAGCGCCGUCAAUGCCCUCAUUCUCGUCCCCACCUACGAAAAAUUUAUUGUCCCUUUCCUCCGUAAGCGCACCGGCCACCGCCGUGGCAUCACAUCAUUGCAACGCAGUGCAGAAGUUUUCACCUACGUAGGACAGCUAGAAUUUUUCUAUGACGAAGCAACUGAUGGGACAAGAAGUAUUAGUAGUGCAAUGUUUCUUAGUGAGAUUGGGAUCGGAAGUUGGUUAAGUACUGCAAUUGUUAAGAUCGUUGAAAAAGCAACUGGUGGACAAGAAAAAGGGUGGUUGAGGAAUAGUCUUAAUAAAAGCAGGCUUGAUUAUUUCUACUGGGUUUUAACCGUGAUUAAUGCGGUUAAUCUCGUAGUUUAUUUGUGGAUUGCUGUUCUUUAUAAGGGCAGGAUUGGUGCAAUUGGGAGUUUGAGAAAUGAGAGUGUGGCUGAGAUGGGUGAUGGUGGUUUGGUGGGAAAAGAGAAUGAUGAAGGUGAAUUCUGA